AUGCGCCCAUCAAGCGUCUUGUACGCGACGGUCGGCAUCGCGCUCCUCGGGGCGUUCCAGUUUGGCUGGCUCCUCUCGCAGCUCAACUACGUUCCGUUCCACGCCAACUGCGACGCGCGCCCGAUCCCAGUUGGCGACUGCCUCCUCUUUGCGCCGCACUCGGAGAGCAAGUGGACGCUCGCCGUCUCGGCGUGGAUCGCCGGCGGCGCCGUCGGGGCCAUUUGCAGCGGCCUGCCCGCCGACAUCUUUGGCCGCAAGAAGACUCUGGGCGUGAACGCGCUCAUCAUUGUCUUUGGCGGUCUCGUCCAGAGCCUUGCGACAACCCUCGAGACGUUCACCAUCGGGCGGCUCAUCUCGGGCGUUGCGUCCGGCGUCGCCAUCAAUGUCUGCGAAGCGCUCAUCUCGGAGAUCUCGCCGUCGCAGAUGCGCGGCACGUUCCUCACGGGCCUCCAGGUCGGCGUCGCGUUCGGCUCGCUCGCCGUCACCUCGGCGCACUACGCCCUCGACGACAGCGAUCUUCGGUGGCGGCUGCUCAUGGGAGUACCCGUAGUACUUGGCGGCCUCCAGCUCCUCUCGCUUCGCUUUAUGGCGCAGAGCCCCGUGUGGCUCGUGGCGCACAGCCGCCUCGACGACGCCCGAGCCGAAAUAACGCGCCUGUACCGGGCAAUGGACGUCGACACGGUUUUGCAUGCACUGGCAGCCGCGCACGCCGACGAAGCCGCCGAGCUCGACGGGCGCAGCCCCGAGCACUCCUCUUCUCGCCACCCCUGGUGCGGCAUGCCGGCGAUCAUGUACUACUCGUCCAGUAUCUAUGCGGGCGCAGGCAUCGCCGACCCGCGCGUCGGCACCAGCGUCGUCAACGUCGUGCGCACAAGCACCAUUCUCGUCGCGGCCGCCGUCAUGGACAAGUACCCGCGGCGCACGCUCCUCCUGCGCGGCCUGUCGCUGCAGGCCCUCGCGGCCCUCGGCCUCGUCGCGAGCCUCGUGGGCGGAAGCGCCGCCGGUGCGAUUCUGGCCACCGGCGUCUUUGUCGUCGGCUUCUGCCUCUCGAUCGGCCCCAUGGCGUGGACCGUCUCGUCCGAGAUUUUUCCCGACUACAUGCAGGCAACCGCGGGCUCGGUGGGCACCACGUCGACGUGGCUCGGCGACCUGCUCGUCGGCCUACUGUACCCCACGCUAGCUCAAGGCAAUGUGCUCGGCGGCUACGCCUUUGGCACUUUCGCGGGGCUCUUGAUUGGCUUUGUGCUCUUUGUCUAUCUGUACGUCCCGGAAACCAACGGUCGCACGGCCGUCGAGAUUCAAGCGGCGUUUGGCCACGAUGCGCCGCCGCCACUGUCGGGCCAGAACCACAGCGGCGACCCAUGGGGCACGGAACUUCGCGCGCUCGCCACAUAACAACACCAUGAUACCAUAUAUUGUAC